UCUCCCUUCGUAUCAUCUUAUCUCUCUCGCUCAAUUCUCUCAGGCUCUUAUUUCUUUUGGAUUUGUUUACUUUACAUAACUCAUAAGUGUUCGUUCGAGAUUUGUCGGAGAAAUUUUCGGUAAUAAUGUCGAGAUUUGUGGGAAUUUUUUAAAUAAAAAGAGAGGUUGUAGUAUUUUUUUAUUUUGAUAUUUGAAGAAACAGAAUCUUCAAAAAAAUUGAUAUGUGCUCUUUUCUUGGGAUUUGAGUUAUCAAGAGAAUCUGUUGAAUUUUUUCAUAAUUUUUCCUUGUAAUUUCCAUUAUGUCGGAAUCUGAGAAAAAGGAAGACGGAGAGAUCUACCGGAAUAUUCCCCGACCAAUCUCUAGAGAUCUGCUGCAGAGUUUCAUGUCCAAGAAAAACAAGAACCCGUCGGUUGAAGACGGAGAGGUAGAGGUUGAGCUAGACUUAGGGCUUUCUCUCAACGGCAGGUUCGGUGUUGACCCACUAGCGAAGACCAGGCUGCUCACGCGGUCUUCUUCGAUUCCUGAUUUCGUGGUCAACGAUCAUAGAUCGGAGCUGAGUAGGACUUGCUCGCUGCCGGUUGAGACGGAGGAGUGGAGGAAGAGGAAAGAGUUGCAGAGCUUGAGGAGGCUCGAGGCCAAGAGAAAGAGGUCUGAGAAACAGAGAAACGUGAGAGUGCUUAGGGAGAAACAUAAAUCUGGAGGAGAAGAAGAGAAGAUUGUUGAAGAAGGAUCUAUAGGUUCUUCUGGGAGUGGUUCCUCUGGUUUGUCGUCCGAACUCGACAACGCUCCUCCUCUUGUUCAAGCAAUAACAAACAAGACGAUAGACACAAGCCCACCAAGUGAUGCCCCGGCCGCCAGAAACAUCAUAGAAGACAUGCCGUGCGUGUCAACGACAGGAGAUGGACCGAACGGGAAAAAGAUCGAUGGGUUUCUGUAUCGGUACAGGAAAGGCCAGGAGGUUAGGAUCGUGUGCGUGUGCCACGGAAGCUUCCUCUCGCCUGCAGAAUUCAUUAAGCACGCCGGUGGUAGUGACGUGGCGCAUCCCUUGAAGCACAUCGUUGUAAAUCCAUCUCCCUUCUUGUGACCAUUAUUAUGGUCCAGUUUCUGUUUACUAAAUUGUUGUGUAUCCAUUCGGAUUACAAGUUCUCAUAUCUCGAGGUGUAUAAACAUUUCAAGUUUGUUUUUAACGUAAAAGAUAUCAUCUAA